GAGCCAACCAAUAGUCCAAUACACAAGCUCAUUUUGUGUAUAAAAGACGAUCUACGGGCCGGCCGUUCGAUCACUGUUCGGCGUUUGACGUACCUUUCCAGUUCUAAAAUUGUAGCUAUAAUCAAGUCGAGUAAAAUCAUUCAACAUGCAAUUCGUUUCAGCCACCGUCCUCCUGGCCAUACUAAUUUCCGGAAUUAAAACCGAAGCAGAGCCGCUGACCGGCACAUUAGGCGGACCAAACGCUUACAAAGACGGCAGCUUAGCUCACGAUUACAUCCAAGCUUUCCAUCACGGCGGUCAACACCACAGUGUAGGUGGAGUAGGCAGCGGUGUCAGCGGUGGCGGUGUCUCUGACGGAUCUUCCUCCUCAAGUGGUGCUAUCGGACACCCCGUUUUAAGCUCGCAAAUCCAAGAUCAAUCCGGCCUUGGUGUCGUACCCCAAGAUCAAGCUUCUCACGGAUCUGCUGUGCCACCUCAUGUCGUCGGAGGUCCCAUAGUUGCCGGACCAUCGUACUAUCCUCAUAAAUCAGAAGUCGCUGCCCUUCAUCUUGGAGCCAGAGCCAUCGGUUCACCAUUCCCAUACUACCCAUCAUCGUCAUACUAUGGUAAAACGUACGCUUCACCUUACUACAGCCAAUACCAACCAACCCCCUACCAAGGAGUAUACCAAUCGCCUCAAUCCUUCUACCCAUACCAAUACUCAGCUUCACCAUACACAGCUUCGGCCACCGGUGGAUUCGGCGUCCAAGGCGCUGGAGGAGCUCUACCUUACUCAGCUACUCCCUACUCUUCGCCCGUAACUCCUUACUCGGCUUAUCCUUACAAUUACCCCUAUAUUCCGCAAUACUACCCUGGAUAUCCUUCUGCUGCUGUUGCUGGUCCAUCCGGUUCCUACUACCAGUCAUCAGCUGCUGAAAUCCAAAACGCCUCCAAACAGUAAAGCUCUCUCUGCCAAACUCUAACCCUGAACAAUCCAAAAUUCUCCUCAACCUGUUUGCUAUAACGUCGCGUAUCAUGUGCCAUACUUGAGUAAUUAUUCUCCUGGAUCGACACAGAAAUUUUAGAUAUUAUAACUUAGGACCAAACUACCCAUUUGCUCACUUCCAUCGAGUACUUUCCCGCAACCAAAUCGUUGGUAGGCAUUGAAUAGUACAUCUACAUACAUAAUAUAUCAUUUAUGUACCUAUUCGACAUUACCAACUUGUUUUCUUCAGUUUUUUCAAACAUAAAACAAUCGCAAAACUUACAUAAUUAUAAUUUUAUUAGAACUAUUUUGUACUAUUUAACAAAAAUAGAGAUCUCUCGCAUUUAGAAUAAAUAAUACUCGUACGAGUACAUUUAUGUUUAUUCUGCAUUUUACUAAUUUUAUCCUUCUUCAAAUGUGUCACAUCACAUUCUGAUGGCUCAAUUAUUUACUUUAAGGAUCUAUAGUACUUAGGUACAUUUAUUGUUUUAAUGAAAAAAUACAUACUUUUCCAUUUACACAGGUAAGUUAAUAAGUAUGUGAUUGUGAAAAAAAUUCAUUCUAAUUUUCAUCGAUGUAAGAACCCAUCUAUUUAUUUUAAUUUUCGUUCAUUUUUCUACUUCUUUUUUCUCUCAUUCUCAUUUCAUCUUUUUUAAUAAAACUUUGAAAAAUUA